ACGUACGACACUAGAACCAGUUGUUGUGCAAAGAAUUCUACAGCGAGGUUCAACAUUUCAUUCGCCGACCGUUUGCACAAUAAAUAAUCUAGUUUCUGUUACAGUUUGCGUUAGAUGUUUAUUUUUUUUUAAUUGAGCCCAUAAUGAUUUGUUAAGAUAAAUCCAGAAAUAUGAAAGGUUAUGUUUCGAUUUAUUUUAUCAUCUAUUGUUCGACCCAACAGUUAUGUACAAACGGAUAUUCUCCUCCUAAGUCGCCAACUAAGAACAAUGCCGGAGUCGGUCAACACGGUGUAUCCGAGCUUAAUGUGCCCGAUUUUCAUGUGUUUGAUUGGAAAUUGUGCAAAGCCUUGCACGAAGUUGAAAAGAACAACGCUGUGUUGUCUUCGAUAAGUGUCAAGUUGGUGUUGUUGAUGAUUUAUGAAGGAGCACUCGGCGAGACUGCCAAACAAAUCGAACGAGUAGUUGGGUUUUCCGGAAAUAGACAAUUGACCCGAGAACGAUUUUCUAAAAAAUUGAAAUCUUUACAAAGUUAUGACACAAAGGACUACGAGUUGGACAUUGGUACAAAACUGUUUAUGGACAAAUCGGCGAAAGCCAAGAAUGAAUUUAAUGAAAUAUUAAACACGUGGUACAAUUCAAGUUUCGAAACGGUUGAUUUUAGCAAGCCAGCCGAUGCGGUUAGCGCGAUAAAUGGAUGGGCAGAAAAUGUAACCCAUGGCCGUAUUCAACAACUUAUAACGGAAGCCGAUACAAAAGUAAACACGGCACUUAUUUUGUUGAACGCCAUAUAUUUCAAAGGCUACUGGACAAAUCCUUUUAACAAAGAUCUUACGAAAAAUGGACUUUUCAACUUGAACUCAAAAACUACAGUCGAGAUACCGUUGAUGACCACUUACAACCAUUUUCAAAUAUCAUCUAUACCGACCCUAAGUGCUCGUAUGAUAUGUUUGCCAUAUGCGGGAAAUAAAUUCGUGAUGUACAUAGUAUUACCGGAUUCGAUUGACGGGCUUUCCGAUUUGGUAAAUAAAAUCAAUCCAAAGUCUUUGGCCGUGUCAAUAAAAUCGAUGAAGUCGGUAUUGGCCAAAGUGGUUCUACCGAAAUUCACGUUCGAGUACACUUCGAUUCUCGGACCCUUAUUGCAAAAACUAGGAAUUACUGAUAUGUUUGGGUCAAAAGCCAACUUAACUAACAUUGGAGCCGGACGUUUGGGUAAUCUCGUCGUGUCCAAUGUUCUCCAAAAGGCUGGACUCGAUGUCAAUGAACAAGGAAGUACAGCGUAUGCUGUAACUGAAGUGGAUUUAGAUCAUAGAUUUGGCGUUUCUGUCGAGGCGGAAUUUCAAGUAAAUCGGCCGUUUUUAUUUAUGAUAGAAGACAUCACAACGGAUACCAUAGUUUUCGUCGGACAGGUAGUCAAUCCACUCUCCAAAGGCUCUCCGGUAGUCACUAUACCUGUUGUAAAACCCACAUCUGAAGACAUCGAUACGAAAAUCGGUUCAGACAAUAGUCAUUCGGAUUCGCAGCGAUUUUACUAUUUUGAUCUUGAAUUAUUCAAAGAAGUUAAUUUGGCCGAACCCGAAUCCAACUUUGUGAUUUCACCAGCCAGCGUGAAAGAAGUAUUGUCGUUACUGUCGGAAGGCGCUCAAGGGGAAACCUGGAAAGAGCUAAACAACGUUUUGCGGCUACCCAAAGAACAAUCGGCAUUGCAUAAUUUAUUGCACAGAUAUCAAUUGUCGAUGAAGAGUUCUAAAUUGGACAUACUGACGUCCAAUAAAGUGUUUGUUAGAAACAAAAAUAGUGUAAACCGCAAUUUCAUUGAUAUCGCUACCGACCUUUAUGCGGCCGACAUAGCUGAAAUAAAUGUCACGAAUAUCGACGAGUCGGUUAAAUUGAUUAACGAACAAGUAUCAUCCGCGACUAAAGGGCUCAUAAACUCGAUCAUUAAUAAAGACGAUUUCACCGGUGAUACAGACCUUUUGUUGGCAAAUAUACUUUAUUUCAAAGGAGACUGGUUAGUUCAAUUCAACGAAAGCCUGACUGAAAUCCAAUGCUUUUACACGAAACCCAAUUUGUGUACCGAAGCAAGUAUGAUGUACUUGCAAGAUAUCAUAAAAUACGGCGAAAUUUCCGACAUCGGUGCUCAAGUUGUGGAAUUGCCAUUUAAGGAUGAAAACUUUACAAUGGUUUUAUUAUUGCCAGACGAAAACACUAAUUUAUUACAAUUGAUAAAAGAUUUACAACACAAUCCUUUAGUAAAAAUAUCGAAUUCUCUUCACAAAAGAACAGUUAAUCUAUAUUUACCUCGCUUUACCAUAAAUUAUUACUCGAAAUUAUCAUCUAUUCUUAAAAAAAUGGGAUUAUCGACACUAUUUGAAAAAAAUGCCAAUUUGACAGCGAUAUUUAAUUCUGAAAAGCAAGUGUCUGUUAAAGAUAUCAUACAUAAAGCUGUGAUCGAGAUCAACGAAAAAGGCGCCAAAGCCGCUGCAGUCACUGUGGCCUCUGUAAUACCUUUAAGCAGUAUACCACCGUUGCCUCCCGUAACUGUCAAUAUAAACAGGCCUUUUGCAUUUUUACUUGUCAAUCGAGCUUCGAGAAAUGUUUUGUUUAGCGGUCAAAUAUACACGACUACUUCUACUCUUUCGCAACGGUUUCAAGAUUUUUCAACAACACAAGAGAAGAGUAAUGAACCUACUCCUAAUUCCAUUAAAAAUAAUAAUAUAACUGUUCAACCUCUUUUAAAUGGACCGAGAUAUCAACAACCCCAAUCAAAAAAUAAUCUAAGCAUUAAUUAUAAGAUGUAAUUAUUAUUUUGUUCCUAUAUAAUUUCGAAAAAAAAACAAUGUAAACAAUUUAAAAUUAUUUUAUUAAACGACUUAUUGUUUUUUUUA